UCCACCCGCUGCGCGGCUCCUUCCCCGGUCUCCGGCGGCCGCCAUGUUAGGUCGGGAUGGUGAACUCGGGCUCGGCUGAGGGGACCCGCCGCCCGCCGCCGCCUCCCCCUCCGCCUCCUGGCAGAGCCCGCGCCCCCGCUUCCCGGCUCCUCCCCCUCCCUUCGGCCUGGGGUUGCGACGGAGCCUUUGGAAGCGGCUCUUCGCCCGAGCGAUCCCGGCCGGGGUUCAUGGAGCGGACGCGGCGGGGCUGACAGCGCCGGACGCAGGGAAGUCUCGGCGGGGUCUCUCGCCGGCCCCGUUCGGGCGAGUUGCCCCCGAGCGGCCGCUUCGGGAGCAGAGGGGGCCCGGCGCUUGCCCUGGAGUCAGCGGCCCGCGGGAAGCAGAAAAGACCAUGGGGUGCAUUAAAAGUAAGGAAGAUAAAAGUCCUACAAUGAAAUACAGAACCGAGAAUACUCCAGAACCUGUUGCUUCUCAUGUCAGCCAUUAUGGAUCAGAUCCAAGUCAAGCAAACCAGUCACCUGCAGUAAAGGGAUCCUCAGUUAAUUUUAACAGCCAUUCUGUGACUCCUUUUGGUGGGCCAUCUGGUAUGACACCUUUUGGAGGAGCAUCUUCCUCAUUUUCAUCUGUGCCAUGUCCAUAUCCUAGCGGUUUAACAGGUGGUGUUACUGUUUUUGUGGCCUUAUAUGAUUAUGAAGCCAGAACAACAGAUGACCUUUCAUUCAAGAAGGGUGAACGGUUUCAAAUAAUAAACAACACGGAAGGAGAUUGGUGGGAAGCAAGGUCUAUUGCGACAGGAAAGAGUGGUUACAUCCCAAGCAAUUAUGUUGCCCCGGCAGAUUCUAUUCAAGCAGAAGAAUGGUAUUUUGGAAAGAUGGGCAGGAAAGAUGCAGAAAGAUUACUUUUGAAUCCUGGGAAUCAACGUGGUAUUUUCUUAGUUCGAGAAAGUGAAACUACCAAAGGUGCUUAUUCCCUCUCUAUACGUGACUGGGAUGAAGUUAGAGGCGAUAAUGUGAAACACUACAAAAUCAGAAAACUUGAUAAUGGUGGAUAUUACAUAACCACUAGAGCACAAUUUGAAUCUUUGCAAAAGCUGGUCAAACACUAUACAGAGCAUGCUGAUGGCCUGUGUCAUAAGUUAACAACUGUGUGUCCAACUGUGAAACCUCAGACACAAGGUUUAGCCAAAGAUGCCUGGGAAAUUCCUAGAGAAUCCUUACGGCUAGAAGUUAAGCUGGGGCAAGGAUGCUUUGGUGAAGUAUGGAUGGGAACGUGGAAUGGAACCACAAAAGUAGCAAUCAAAACACUAAAGCCUGGUACAAUGAUGCCGGAGGCAUUCCUCCAAGAAGCUCAGAUCAUGAAGAAAUUAAGACAUGAUAAACUUGUUCCACUUUAUGCAGUUGUAUCUGAGGAGCCAAUCUACAUUGUCACUGAAUUCAUGACAAAAGGUAGCUUACUAGACUUCCUCAAAGAAGGAGAAGGGAAAUACUUAAAACUUCCACAGUUGGUGGACAUGGCUGCUCAGAUUGCAGAUGGCAUGGCAUACAUUGAAAGAAUGAAUUACAUCCAUAGGGACCUUCGAGCAGCUAACAUCCUUGUGGGGGACAAUCUUGUGUGCAAAAUUGCAGACUUUGGUUUGGCAAGGUUAAUAGAGGACAAUGAGUAUACUGCCAGACAAGGAGCCAAAUUCCCAAUUAAAUGGACAGCGCCUGAGGCUGCACUAUAUGGCCGGUUUACAAUUAAAUCAGAUGUUUGGUCAUUUGGAAUUUUGUUAACAGAGCUCGUAACUAAGGGUCGUGUGCCAUACCCAGGUAUGGUGAACAGAGAAGUUUUAGAACAAGUAGAACGUGGCUACAGAAUGCCUUGUCCUCAAGGGUGCCCAGAAUCUCUUCAUGAGUUAAUGAAACUGUGUUGGAAGAAAGAUCCUGAUGAAAGACCAACAUUUGAAUAUAUCCAGUCAUUCUUAGAAGACUAUUUUACAGCUACAGAACCACAGUAUCAGCCUGGAGACAAUUUAUAAGCCUAAAGCCUACAUACAAUGCACAAAUCUGCCAAAUGUAAAAUAUGUUCAAAAAAAAUGCUGAUUUGAAGGACUCAGAGGAAAGCAAACAGCUGUCAUUUGCAUGCUUGACAGCUUAGCAAACUGGAAUUCCAUAAUACAGGUGCACAAACCCACUUUUUGAAGUGUUAUGCCCAAGUAUACCAAAAGAUGUGACACUUUUAUCCCUUAUUGUUUCAGGGUCCAAAGAAAGAAUAUUUUUAAAAGGGUGAUACAAUUAGCAUUACCAUGACAGUUUGUGGGAGCAGAGCUGCUAAUCUUUUCCUCUUCCAGCAUUUCAUCCAUAUUAUUAAAGGCAAAAUCAGCAAUUACAGAGACCUCUAAAUGAAAAUGAUCAAAGGAUAACAAAGCUUAUGGGACCAAACAAUUCAACUGCAAUUUUAUAGAAAUGUCCUGUGAUCAAAAUAAAGUUGGACUUCUAAAAAUCA